GAGUGUUUGUUAGUGAGAUUUUUGUAGGGCUAGGGUUUGAGUUUACUUAGGCGCGUUUAAUUUGACAGCACACUCACGAACACGUGUAAUUGCAAUUAUAUAUGAAAUUUUAAAUGGCGCUAGUGAACUUGGAUUCUUCAUCAUCAUCAAUUAUAAAGUUAUUGAGUUUGUGCUUUCAGCAACAAGAAGUGCUCUCCUCUGCCUCAACCAUGGCUUAGUUUCAUCCCCGCCUUUUAUUGGUGGCGUGGCAGUCUUGGGAUGGAAUUUUAUAAUAUUCCUGAACAUGGACACGCAGAUGCUUCUCUGAUUCACAGUACCGAGUCAAACCCUGUUCUAACAAGUCCACUUACAGAGCAAUUUGAAGAACUGUAUAAUAACAGAGUCUCAGAGUCUGCAGUUCCGCAGGGCUUGUAUCAUCCCACUGCCGACAAUUUUGGGUAUAUAAGUGCAGGGAUGGAAUCACCCAGCAACUGGAAUGAUCACCAAGUAUUUUUUGGUUUGGAUGGUCAAGAAAUUCAGUAUGCAGGUGCCCAAACUGAAAAUUUUCCUUUUUUAUUAUAUACACCUAGCUACGGGUAUACACAGACUCCUUUCAACCCAUAUAAUCCUUACAUUCCUGGUGCUAUGAUAGGCACCGAUGGGUCAUAUAUAGGGUCACACCAAUACUACACAGUUCCCUCCUACGAAAACCCACUAUCCUCCACUGGUUAUUACCCCAUGGUUGUCCAGUCAGGACCAGAUGUAUAUCCAAAUAGUAAUCCUGAAGGACCUGAACCGUUCAUGGAUGCAGCAGCAUUUAUUGCCAAUAGGACAGAUGUCCCUGGUCCCAAGCAUAACCUGUCUUCAGCCUCUGCUGCCGUUAAGAUGAAUCCUUUGAGGAUUACUCCUGACAAAACGAAUUCAUUCACUAGGACAUCUGGUGAGUCAAGGAUUAAUAUUGGACCUAGCAAGCAACCUCUUUCUCAUGGUAAUGUUUCGUCAAAUGGUUAUUACAAUGCAGCAGCCAUGUCAAAUGUUUUUCAGGGUAGGGGCACUAAAAUUGUUGAUAACCUUUCUCAAGGAAAGGUGUGGUCUAAUCGUAACCAAUUUAAAGUUGCACAACCUGGUAGUGGCUUGUCUAGUUUUAGUUCAAGCACUCAGCAGAGGGCCAUGAUAGAUAAGGUUCAGACGAAAGUCACUGGUGGUAGCGUAAGUCCUGAUGUAUCUUCCGAACAGGAUAGAGGCCCUAGAACUAGUAAACUAACAAAUCAAUUGGCUGCAAAAGCCUAUUCAAGCAUGGCCAGAGAAGGCGAUGCUCAAGGAAGUGUAAUAAUUGAUACUGAUCAGUAUAAUAAGGAUGAUUUUCCUCUUAAUUAUGUGAAUGCGAAGUUUUUUGUUAUAAAAUCAUACAGUGAGGAUGAUGUGCACAAGAGUAUCAAGUACAGUGUGUGGUCAUCGACGCCUAAUGGAAACAAGAAGCUGUAUAUUGCCCAUGAUGAUGCUCGGAGAAUAGCUGGAGAGGAACCUAGAGGCUGUCCUAUUUUCCUCUUCUUCUCUGUAAAUGCUAGUGGUCAGUUUUGCGGAGUUGCUGAAAUGACUGGAGCAGUUGAUUUUCAUAAGAACAUGGAUUUCUGGCAGCAAGAUAAAUGGUCCGGGAGCUUCCCAGUCAAGUGGCACUUCAUUAAAGAUGUUCCAAACUCAAACUUCCGGCACAUCAUUUUAGAGAACAAUGAGAACAAACCAGUGACCAACAGCAGAGACACUCAAGAGAUAAGGUACGAGAAAGGUGUGGAGAUGCUUAAAAUUUUUAAGCACUACACAUCGAAGACGUCUUUGCUGGAUGACUUUAUGUACUAUGAGAAUCGACAGAAGCUCCUGAAACAGGAGAAAGCAAGGCGAUUACUCAAAAACUAUGAACAUCAAUUUAUUUGGCCUCGCAUAGAACCUCCUCGAAAGAUGAAUGGCAUCCUUAAGUCGCCUAUAAAGGAAGAUGCAGAACUGGAGAAGAAUAUUGAUGAAAAAAAUGAUUUAGAGAAGGUCCCUAUUUCCAAGGAUCAGGUUUUGACGGACAAAGAAGUCAAUGAAGUAAUUGUGAAAUCUUGUGAUACAUCUGCGGCAACAAAAAAUGUAGAAGGCGAAAGUGGUCUUCUAAAAUUCGGUUCACUCAGUAUCAACCAGAAGAAGGCUGGUUGUGAGCCUGCUGCUAAUCCUCGUGCUACUGGCUCUGUCCUUUCCCCUUCCUCUACCUCUGCAACAGAAACCGUUACUGCCAAACCAGUUGAUGUUGUAACUGUAGGUUCAAUGCCUGUCACAGUGAAUGGUGUUGCCAGUUCUGUUGGUUUUUUGACUGUUGGAACAAUCCCUCUUGAUGCUGGAAUACUGAAUGUGAAUGAGGCUAGUUCUGUUGCAAAUAGCGGUUCCAGGAAAGUCAAAUAGCGGCUCCAGAAAAGGACUAUUAUCAGAUGUUAUUUCCCCCAUACUAAUGCAAAAAUCUAGAUUAAUACAUAUAAAUCUUUUCCAAGUCUAUGAGGCUCAUUCUUUGAGUAUAUUUCUUGGUCCAUUUGUGAUGGUUUGUUUACUUGUUAUCGCAGAUGAAGUUCGUUGAUCAUGUGGAAGGAAGGUUGAUGUUCUAGUUUAGUGUUGUUGAUUGGUCAUAGUUAUGAAUUUCUAGUACAUUUUUAAAAGCCUUCUCUCUCGAGUACGGGAUCUUAAAUUA